CUGAUCACAUUUUGCCUUCGUCUUCGUCCUAAGCUGUUCACCUCUGUGUUUUCGACUCGCCUAGGCUCGAGCGCCUCGCCUUGUCACCAUGGUUCUUGAGGCUACCAUGAUCUGUAUCGACAAUUCGGAGUGGAUGAGGAAUGGCGACUACGCUCCAACUCGAUUCCAGGCUCAAGCCGACGCUAUAAAUCUCGUCUGCGGGUGUAAAACUCAGUCGAAUCCGGAAAAUACUGUUGGCUUGCUGACUAUGGGUGCUAAAGGGGUACGCGUUUUAGUCACUCCAACUAGUGAUCUUGGGAAGAUCUUGGCCUGUAUGCAUGGUUUGGAGAUUGGAGGUGAGUUAAAUCUGGUGUCAGGAAUCCAGGUUGCUCAAUUGGCUCUCAAACAUCGCCAAAACAAAAAUCAACAACAGAGGAUCAUAGUUUUUGUUGGAAGUCCAAUUAAGCAUGAGAAGAAGUUGCUGGAGGCUAUUGGCAAAACAUUGAAGAAAAAUAGUGUUGCCCUUGAUGUUGUUGAUUUUGGGGAAUCUGAUGAUGGAAAAUCUGAGAAGUUGGGGGCACUUGUUGCAGCAGUUAAUAAAAAUGGCAAUAGUCACAUAGUUAAUAUUCCUCCCGGUCCAGCUGCUCUCUCAGAUGCACUAUUAAGCACACCAAUCUUUACGGGUGAUGGUGAUGGAGGAAGUGGUUUUGCGGCGGCUGCGGCGGCGGCUGCUGCUGGUGGCUUGUCUGGAUUUGAGUUUGGUGUGGAUCCUAAUCUAGAUCCUGAACUAGCUCUUGCACUAAGAGUUUCAAUGGAAGAGGAGAGGGCUAGGCAAGAAGCAGCUGCUAAAAAGGCAGCUGAGGAUGCUGCCAAACAAGAAAAAGCUAAUGGUGAGGAUUUAGAAAAUGGUGUUAUGAUGGUCGAGCCCGUCAACACUUCUAUGAUGGUUGAGCCAGUCAACACUUCUACCCCUAGCAAAGAUGAUAGAAGACAUGAUUUAACGGAUGAUGAGACUGCCUUGCUACAACAGGCUCUUGCGAUGUCCAUGGAUGAUGCAAGGCCUGACAGUGAAGCUGUAGCCGAUACUAAUAUGGUGGAUGCCACUGCAGACCAGGACUUAGCUUUUGCCCUUCAAAUGUCUGUGCAGGAGAAUACUAAUGAUACGCCUGAUCAGUCUGAGAUGAGCAAGGUGCUAGAGGAUCAGUCAUUUGUUUCAUCCAUUCUCAAUUCGCUUCCAGGUGUUGAUCCAAAUGACCCUUCUGUAAAGGAUUUACUAGCAUCUUUACAAAACCAAACAGAGCAAAAGAAGACCGAAGAUAAAUCCGAGAAAGAAGGUGAGAAGUAAAUGGCCCUAUGAUGCUCUUGCCUGCUUUUUCUCCUUGGUGAGGUCAGUAACGUAUAAACUGCAAGAACUCAGAUCAGCUCAGCAACUCGAACAGAACCUGCUGCUGAUUAUAUCUUAUGAAGAAGAAAAACCCCUUAGUUUUCAGCUUAUAACUGAUCCUUCAAUGGAUUUAAAUCCUUUAUAUUUAUUGGAAUACUUGUUAGUAGUUAAUCAGUUUCUCUGUGGCUGAAAAAUUAUGCUGAUUUAUGUUUUUUUUUUAUCUGUGCCAAUUUGGAAGAACGGAUAAUAUUCUUAUGAAGGAGCUUUUCAAGUAAAAUACUAA